GAAGAACUAGCGAGGCCCCGGGGCGAAGCGGCAGUCUCAGAAGUUCCGGAGCCGCUUCCCUCUCGCGGCGCAGGCGCCUUUCUGUCCCGCCGGCGGAGGACGAUAGAGCACGGGUCGACAGAGCGCCGCGGCGGAAACGAGGCGCUCCGGGCCCGCCUCUCAGGGACCGGACCUAGCUGCCCCCCCACAGCGUCUGAAGUGGCGCGCAUGCGCCAGACAGGCAAGCCUCUGAUUGGUCCCGCAGCUGGACGCGGGACGGCGUCGCCUCCGCAAAAGCAGCCGGUAGGCGGAAAUCCCACAGGUGAAGCUCGCUCGGCCUGCCUGAACCCAGGCCUCUGCCCCACCGGUGCAGCUCCGGCGGCGCGGUUGUCAUCCGGCGGCGAGAUGGGCGGCAGGUAAAAUACACGGGAAUCUGCCCGCCUCGCCGCUCCUGCUGCGCCCGAUCCUGUUCCUCGCAGGCCCCGCCCGGAGGAGGCGGCUGGGAGCGCCCGCUGGCCGUCCGCGCUGAGCCCGGCCCGCCAUGGAGGCCAGGAGGUUCGCCCUGCAGGCGCCGCAGGAGGAAGAGGUGAAGCCUCUCUUCAAAGCCGCUUCGGCAGCCAGAGCUGCAACGGUCCUUGCGGCCUCAGCUGCGCCCAGGGGGGCAUCCUACGCAGACUACGUUGUUGGGCGAGCCAUGGCCGCCUCUUCCUCCUCCGCUGCUGCUCAGGUGAAAUCCACUUCAGCUGCUCCCACUGCAUCGGCCAGGAGCAUGUCAGAAGAAACCCCUUUGCAGAACCAGGACAAGGGUACUGUGCCCCCCAAAAGCACAGCAGAAGACAAAGGCUCCCCCUUGAACCCCACCGCCCCCAAAGUGGGGGCCAAGCACAAUGCUAUUAUCGUCAGUCCCCGGCAGAGGGGUAACCCCAUUCUGAAGUUUGUCCGCAACGUGCCUUGGGAAUUCGGCGAAGUUGUCCCAGAUUACCUGUUGGGCCAGAGCUCAUGUGCCCUUUUCUUGAGCCUCAGGUACCACAACCUGAAUCCAAAUUACAUCCACGAGCGGCUGCGUAACUUGGGGAAGACGUACCAGCUGCAGGUGCUCCUGCUUCAGGUUGACGUGAAAGACCCCCACCAGACAGUCAAGGAGCUGGCCAAGAUCUGCAUCCUUGCUGACUGCACCCUCAUCUUGGCUUGGAGUCCAGAAGAAGCUGGACGCUACUUGGAGACGUACAAGGCCUACGAGCAGAAACCGGCCGACCUGCUGAAGGAGAAAGUGGAGCAGGACUAUUUGUCGCGGGUGAGCGACUGUCUGACCAGCGUGAAAUCCGUGAACAAAACAGACACCCUGAGCCUGCUGUCCACGUUCAGAUCACUAGCCAACAUUGUCCGGGCGUCCAAGGAGGACCUCUCCCUGUGCCCUGGGGUUGGGCCUCAAAAGGCCAAGAGGCUCUUUGACAUCCUUCAUGAGCCGUUUCUGAAGGUGCCCAAGUGAGGAAGGGGCUCAAGAGCAGAAGGCGAUGAGCCCAGGACAAUUCACAAUCUUCUCAGAAACUUCUUCCCUCAAAACUCCCAGAAGACCAACGAGAGCAACAAAACUCCCUCUCGGAGGAGAAAAGAAGCUAUUUUGCUAUGUGAACAUUGCUUAACAAAACAGACAAUAAAACACUGUCCGGCAGGAAAAAAACGAACAA